AUGAGCGACAGGGAUGACGAUGUGACGCCCCAGCGAAAACGCAUUGCGGUGGCAUGUGGACGCUGUCGAAAAAGGAAGAUUCGCUGCAGUGGUGAUACAGGUAAUGGGGGACCAUGCACCAACUGCAAAAAUGCAGGCUACGAACCGUGUCAGUUUCUCAGGCUAUGGCUUACACUAUCGAUCAAGGUGGCGUCGCAGGAGACAACCUUGAAGGGCGAGAGCUUCACAUACAGCCUCGAAGCUUCUCGACAGUAUCAAGCUCGAGGAAGCUCUGCUAUAUCAUCUCUACCUUCAUCAACUCCAUCCUAUACCGAUGGACUCCCUGCAUACACCACUGAAGCAUUUGUCUACCGCAACCCCGCAAACUUUACGUAUGGCACCAAGUCCUACUGUCCUCUUGCCUGGGGCCAUGGAUAUACGGACGACCAGAGCUACAGCUAUGCUCUGUACCAGCCAGCCUACUCCCCAGUGCACGACCCAGACUACGGUAUGAGCUAUAGGAUCGCUUCUGGAACCCCCGAAAAGUCGGCACUUUGCGUGGACACGGAACCCAGCUACGCAUACAGCAGCGGGAACACCAUGAUGAAUCUGGUACACCGACCAGCUCAGGUAACGGCCGACUCGACUGCCUACCAGAACCUGGUGCCUGAUUCCAAGAACGUGGCUUUCCAGAGUAUGGCGCCAGACCCCAAGGGUCUUGCUCUUCAGAACGUGGCGGGUGUCAACACAGGCGAGAGGGUACUGCCCGCGCCAGUGGGUCGGUCUUCAAUGUCCAGUUCGAUAGGGUCGUCGUACAAGAACGAUUCGGGCAGCUCCAUCUACAGCAGUAGCAGCAGCAAGUCAUCGCAAGACUCCACCUCGGAGACGUCGCCUGUGAGUUCUACUUCCGAGACGCCCUCGAGUUACACGAGUUACGAGUCCUCCACCUCGAGCAGCUGCCUGCCCUCGUAUACUCCCAUCCCUCAGUACGGCCGCUCGAGCAGCAACGAUCUCUACUCGCAUACAGGCUCUUCGGAUGCAGCUAUGUUCGCGUCGAGCCAAGGAGGUCCUGACAUGGCGUAUCGCUACACGGACACGACGGCUGGAGUAACGGUACCGGUGGGCGCUGCUGCUGGUCGUCGUAAUCUGCCCCAUCUCAACGGCAACGGUCUAGGUACCUUUUCGCUUGGUCAUGCUGCGGCGCCUUAUCUACCUCACCAAGGUACAGCCUACAUGCUGCCCGCUGGUGGUGAUAUUGGAGAUGCAGCUGUAGAACACAUCCGCAGGAGUACGGGUGCGGGUGCGGGGUCUCUCUGA